CAGGGAGUUCCGAUUUGCCCAGACCAUGAUAUUUGCAAUAGAAGAAAUAAACCAGAGUGACUUUCUUCUUCCAAAUGUUUCUGUUGGAUACCGUAUUUAUGACAACUGUGGCUCAACAUUGUCCUCCAUGCGUGCAGUGAUGGCUCUGAUGAACGGUGAUGAGCAGACUGCGGGGAAGACAUGCUUCGGUAAAUCAGCUGUUCAUGCGAUCAUUGGAGAGUCUGAGUCUUCUUCAACAAUAGUAUUGUCACGUACUACAGGACCGUUCAAAAUACCAGUGAUAAGUCAUUCAGCUACUUGUGAGUGUUUAAGCAGCAGGAAGGCAUUUCCCUCUUUUUUUCGAACCAUUGCCAGUGACCUCUAUCAAAGCAGGGCCCUUGCUCAGCUGGUCAAACACUUUGGUUGGACGUGGGUCGGGGCAGUCAACAGUGACAGUGAUUAUGGCAACAACGGCAUGGCCAUCUUCCUCACUGCAGCCAGAGAGGAGGGUGUGUGUGUGGAGUACACAGAGAAAUUUCACAGAGCAGAGCCAGACAAACUGAUGAAAGUGGUCGAAGUGAUCCGUAAAAGCACCGCACGGGUCAUUGUGGGUUUCCUGGCCCACGUAGAGAUGAACAACCUCUUGGAGCAGCUGAGUCUGCACAACAUUACAGGCCGUCAGUUCAUUGGUGUGGAGGCCUGGAUCACUGCUGACAGUCUCGUCACUCCCACCAGCUUCAGUGUGCUGGGAGGUUCACUGGGCUUCGCCGUGCAAAAGGCCAACAUCAGCGGUUUGGAUGAUUUUUUGAUCAAUGGUUUCUGGGAGAGAGACUGCCAGGAGAACAGUGGGGGCACCAUGGCAGAGACUGUACCAUGUCAAGAAAACCAACAACUUAUUGAGCUCAAAGAUGAUGAUGAUGAUGAUGUGGCAGAGCUGAGAUACUCCAGCAACAUCUACAAAGCCAUCUAUGCUGUGGCCUAUUCUCUGCACAGCAUGCUGAAGUGUGAUUACAGUGGGGGGUGUGACAAAACGGUGAAGGUUAAUCCCUGGCAGGUAGUGAAUUCUUUGAAACACGUGAACUUCACAAUCAAAAAUGGGGACCAAGUGUGGUUUGACAGAACUGGAGCUGCUGUGGCUCGGUAUGAGGUGGUGAACUGGCAGCGUGAAUCAGACGGGUCGGUCCACUUUAAACCUGUUGGUUACUAUGAUGCCUCUCUGCCUUCAGGACAAAAGUUUGCCCUCAGGACUGAAGACAUAAUGUGGCCUGGAGGAAACAAAGAGUUGCCUGUAUCAGUUUGCAGUGAAAGCUGCCGUCCAGGAACUCGUAAAGUCCUUCAAAAAGGAAAGCCUGUGUGCUGCUACGACUGCGUACCAUGUGCCGAGGGAGAAAUCAGCAACACCACAGAUGCUAAUGGAUGCAGCAAGUGUCCUGAAGAGUACUGGUCAAAUCAAAACAGAGAUGCUUGUAUUCUGAAAAACGUUGAGUUCCUCUCCUUCCCAGAGGUGAUGAGUAAAAUACUUGUGUUUUUCACUCUCUUUGGAGUUGUUCUUACCUUACUUGUGGCCACACUAUUUCUGAUCAAUAAGGACACUCCCUUGGUAAAAGCCAACAACUCUGAACUGAGCUUCCUGCUGCUCUUCUCCUUGACUCUGUGUUUCCUGUGCUCUCUGACCUUCAUCGGCCGGCCGUCAGAGUGGUCCUGCAUGCUGAGACACACUGCGUUCGGCAUCACCUUUGUCCUCUGUAUCUCUUGUAUUCUGGGGAAAACCAUAGUUGUUUUAAUGGCCUUUAAAGCGACACUUCCAGGCAGUAAUAUGAUGAAAUGGUUUGGACCCGCACAGCAGAGACUCAGUGUUCUGGCUUUCACUCUCAUACAGGUUUUAAUUUGUAUUCUGUGGCUGACGAUCAAACCUCCAUUACCCUUCAAAAACAUCAAACACUAUAAAGAGAAGAUUAUACUGGAGUGUGCUCUGGGUUCACCUGUCGGCUUCUGGGCUGUGUUAGGAUACAUAGGACUCUUAGCUUUGUUAUGUUUUUUUCUCGCCUUUUUGGCUCGAAAGUUGCCAGAUAAUUUUAACGAAGCUAAAUUCAUCACGUUCAGCAUGUUAAUAUUCUGUGCAGUCUGGAUCACAUUUAUUCCGGCUUAUGUCAGCUCACCUGGGAAAUUCACUGUGGCUGUGGAGAUAUUUGCUAUUUUAGCCUCUAGUUAUGGGAUACUUUUCUGCAUAUUUGCUCCAAAAUGUUUCAUUAUUGUACUCAAACCUGAACUGAACACAAAGAAACAUUUGAUGGGAAAAGGGUAAUCACGCGUGAUUACAUUUGGUUUUAAAAUUUGUAUAUUUUGACCAAAAAAUUGUUAAAAACCUCACAGUGUCUCUGCAGAGGCAGGAACAAUAAAAGAUCCUUCACAUC